CACACCAUAAGCACAACCCUGUGGUUUUAAGGCAAAGAGUUUGAAAGAGGGAGAGUGAAUGUGUUAGUAAGGCAGAGCAGCAAAGAGAGAUAGAAUCAAACGCAGAGUGAAUGAAAAGGGGAUAAACUGUUUCGACUGAGGAACUGGUGAAACUCCAUUUGAAACAUGCAGCAGCAGUGGGUGUGUAUGGCUGUUUUGGCUCUCUUGGUUGUCACAGAUGUGCUGGCAGAAGUUGGAAAGACAGAGAAAAUAGGUAAGAAGGACCGUAAGUCAGGAUGCGGAGUCUGGCAAUGGAGUGUGUGUGUGGCAAAUGAGGGUGACUGUGGCCUGGGUACCAGAGAAGGAACUCGUACUGGCUCUGACUGCAAACAGCAAAUUAAAACUCAGCGCUGCAAGAUUCCCUGCAACUGGAAGAAGAAAUUUGGAGGUGAAUGCAAGUAUGAUUUCCAGUCAUGGAGUGAGUGUGAUUUAAGCACAGGGCAGAAGAACCGGACUGGAACACUGAAACGGGCUUUCCCACAUGCUGUCUGCCCCUUCACUGUCUCUGCCAGUAAACUCUGCGGCAAGACCAAGCUACACGGCUCACUGAAGCCGAAGCGCAGUGGGAAGAAGAAAGAGCAAGCCCCGCUGGAGUAGAGGUGAAAAAAGAAAUAACAGUCACCCUUCCCCUGUAUUUUUCUGCUCUGAGAUGGUGGAGACAGGGGUGGCAGUAGCAACACACGAAUGGAAGGACAUGAGAAAACAGAAAUGAAAAAAAAAAAAAAAAAA